UCACGUGAACCUCGGUGCAGACCGACGAAUGCGGCAACAAUCGCGGCAGAAGCGCUUCUUAUUGCCCAAAGCAGCAAAUACACCGGUCGGUGUUUUUUUGCGAAAAAACCGGAGCGCCGCUUUCGGUCGAAAGCCCGCCUGGCACGGGGUGAAAAUUGCCGGAGACGGAGAAUGGAGCUGCGACGGGGCUCAACCUGCUGCUGCCAACUCCGCAACGGCGGCAGGCACGGGGCACGGGGCACGGGGCACUCGGUGCUAAUCGAGGCUCUGGUCUCGGCAUUAUCCGCUAGCGGUCUGCGGGCGUUGUGGCAACCGCUUGGAGGGUGGCAGCGGCGAAGAGGACUGCUGCGCUGGAUAUGCUUUCGGAGAUGGGGUGGUCCGUGCCACGCGGGAGAACCACCGGAGUGUUUAGCUUUGGAUGGCGUUUCUGAUCUUUUCUGUGUAUGUCUUGUCGUCAGAAACUGCCACAUCUUGGCGUUCUGUGCAACAUGUGCGAAGCCGAAAAGGCCGAGGUCGGCUAGUUGCUUUAGUUUCUCUAGCGGGGUGCUGGCCUGGAUGGACCCCCGAGUUCGGCAUCUGUAGGAACCGGCAUGCUAAGCCAUGUACCAGGAAUGACGGUCUAGAUCCAAGCCUGCUAGUGUAUCUAGCAGGCUGCCCCCACCUGUGCCGGCGUGAAAGCGGGAGGCUCGGACAAGUUUCACAAGACCACUGCUUUUCAUGGCGGGAGAGCGGAAGAGCAGGGAAAUCAAGAAUUCUGGGCCGAUCGGCGUAACAUGUUUUUUGCCAAAUAUGCUUUUUCACAGCUUCAAGGACAAACC